AUGGCAGAGAUAAAGUCACGUCGUGUGGCACAAACCGAAGAUUUAUCCAACGUCGAAUUUGAAACUAGCGAGGAUGUUGAAGUUAUUCCUACUUUUGAUAGCAUGGGUCUCCGCGAUGAGUUAUUACGCGGGAUAUAUGCGUAUGGCUUUGAAAAACCAUCCGCUAUUCAACAACGGUCUAUUAAACCCAUUAUGAAGGGCAGAGAUGUAAUAGCUCAGGCGCAGUCAGGUACAGGAAAGACUGCUACUUUCUCGAUUGCAAUAUUGCAAUCAUUGGACACGCAAGUGAGAGAAACUCAAGUCCUUGUACUGUCUCCAACUCGAGAACUUGCAACACAAAUUCAGAAAGUUAUUUUAGCUUUGGGAGAUUUCAUGAAUGUACAGUGUCAUGCUUGUAUUGGCGGUACAAAUCUCGGAGAAGAUAUCAGAAAACUCGAUUAUGGACAACAUGUUGUAUCAGGCACACCCGGUCGUGUAUUUGAUAUGAUCAAAAGACGUGUACUUAGAACACGAGCAAUAAAAAUGUUGGUAUUGGAUGAAUCUGACGAAAUGUUGAACAAAGGUUUCAAAGAACAGAUUUAUGAUGUAUACCGAUAUCUUCCACCAGCAACACAAGUUGUCCUAGUAUCAGCUACGUUACCACAUGAGAUUCUAGAGAUGACCAGUAAAUUUAUGACAGAUCCUAUUCGUAUACUCGUUAAGCGCGAUGAAUUGACAUUAGAAGGGAUCAAGCAAUUCUUUGUUGCUGUAGAACGAGAAGAGUGGAAAUUCGACACACUGUGCGACUUGUAUGAUACAUUAACAAUAACGCAAGCAGUGAUAUUCUGUAACACAAAACGUAAAGUGGACUGGCUUACAGAAAAAAUGCGAGAAGCAAAUUUCACUGUUUGUUCCAUGCAUGGAGAUAUGCCACAGAAGGAACGAGACAACAUAAUGAAAGAGUUUCGAUCCGGUGCAAGCCGUGUAUUAAUCACAACUGACGUAUGGGCAAGAGGAAUUGACGUUCAGCAAGUAUCCCUUGUUAUUAAUUAUGAUUUGCCAAACAAUCGUGAAUUGUACAUUCACAGAAUAGGCCGAUCUGGACGUUUCGGUCGCAAAGGUGUAUCUAUCAAUUUUGUGAAAACCGAUGACAUAAGGAUUCUGCGGGACAUUGAACAGUAUUACUCCACGCAGAUUGACGAGAUGCCGAUGAACGUGGCAGAUUUGAUAUAAGCACAAAUGAUCUAUAAUUAUGCCCCGAACAUGCCAAGUGCAACAGUUUUUUUUCGACAUCGCGGCUAGUCCUGUUGUUUUUACAUCGCCAAGUUGUUUAGCAAAAUUGGCUGUUAUUUUAUCGGGAACAGUACACGUGAUGACACACACACUUAUUUAGUAUUAGUUUAACUGAAAAACUUGUGACAUAUGUUAUAUUAUGUGUAAUUUAUGUCUAGCACAUAAACUCUUCAAGAACAAUAUAUAAAUAUAAUACGCGGAAAAAGACUUAUUGCCCUCC